AUGAGUUUGACGAGCCAUUUCGUGUAUGAAACACGAAUCCAACGAGUGGAUUUGCAUAUCAAUGAAAACCACAGCCUGCAGUCAGCACCAACCAAGAUUAUUAAAAAACAAAACAAUUCGCAAGGAAUCGAUGCCGAACAAGCGGGUGAAAAUCCAUCGCGUAGAGUCACCAGUCCACCGCCAGACCUUGUGUUGCCUUUUCCGCCGCAGGUCAAUGCUAAAGAUUUGAUGGACUGCAAAACCCGGCAGCUUCCUUCGAAACCACCAAACGCUUUCUUCAUUUACAGGAAAGUUUACACAAAGGAAUUAAUUGCUCAAAAUCUCAGAUUUAAAAUGACGGACGUCUCUCCCUGGGUAUCAAUGUCCUGGAGACGUGAAUCUGAAGAAGUAAAGAUUAAAUAUAAGGAAAUUGCGAAAGAAGUUCGCCAAAUCUACAAACAAGCAAAACAAAACAACAUCAAAGACACCGAGAUGUUAUCAAACGAGAUAAUUGCCUUCACGCAAUUUGGCAAUUCACCGUUUCCCUCUCCGCCUCUUACCGACUCCCUGUCAUCAACUCCAGAGCUAUCUCGGGACUUUUAUCAAUUCGGACAAACCUUCCAGUCCGAUUUACAAGCUGCCCUUGAAGGAAGUGAAAUUGACUUUUUCGACUGUUCACCCGUGGACUACUUCCAGAUGUCCAAUCCACUUGGGUUCACCACCUUCCAACCACAAGACGUCGCCGCUACAUUGUGGCAGGCCGAUGACAGUUGCAACAAGGUUUCUUCCACUGGUAUGGUUGAAACCGCCAAUAGCAUAAUUCCACAAGCCGACUAUACCGAACUCAUGCACCAAGAUUUGAAUGAUUAUCUUCAAUUCAACACCGUUCCACAGUUUGAUGCCGAGCAAAUUUGGAAUUUCCAAGAAAAUUUGGAUUUCUUGUUUGACAAUAUGAACCAGACCCAAUGGGGAAUUGACAUAAAUCAGUAA